AUGUUACAGAAGGCUUACGGUGACUCGACUUUAUCAAAAACUCGUGCUUAUGAGUGGUUCAAAGCGUUAAAAAGCGGUCGAGAUGUGAUGGAAGAUUUGCCUGGAUCUGGUAGGCCGUCAACGUCUGCAACUGAAGUUAACAUCGCAAAAGUGAAGGAAAUAGUGACUGAAAAUCCCCAUUCAACUCUGAGACAGAUAGCCGCCGAACUUUCUGUAUCUCACGAGUCGAUCCGUACCAUUUUAACUAAUCAUUUGGGUAUGAAACAUGUUGCUGCUCGGCUAGUCCCAAAAGAUCUGAAUUUUCUCCAAAAACUCAAUCGCAUGAAAGUCGCUGAGGACAUGCUAGAACGAGUCAAUACGGACCCAACAUUCAUGAAACGCAUUGUUACCGGUGACGAGACGUGGGUUUACGAGUUUGACAUGCAAACUAGUCAACAAGCUUCGGAGUGGCGCCUUCCAACUGAACCGAAACCGAAAAAACCACGCCAAAGUCGAUCAAAAGUCAAAGUCAUGUUGACUGUUUUCUUUGACUAUCGCGGUGUUGUGCACUCUGAAUUCUUACCGGAAGGUCUAAAGGUAAAUAAAGAAUAUUAUUUGAGCGUUAUGCGGCGUAAGAGAGCAAAUUCGACGAAAAAGAACAGAAUUGUGGAAAGAAAAUUCUUGGAUUUUGCACCACGACAAUGCGCCUUCGCACAAGGCUAUCAUUGUGAACGAAUUAUUGACCAAACACUCAACAAAUACCAUCCAACAACCACCAUAUUCACCAGAUAUGGCUCCUGCUGA